AUGGUCCUCGUGUCCCGCGUCGCCCGCGCCUCGCUGCUGUCUUCGACGCGCGUGCACGCCCCGUCCGUGUCGCAACGUGCCUUUCUGCUGGCCCGCCACAUGUCCACCCCCGCUGCGCCGGUCUCCCGGCUGCACGAGGCGGACUCGCCGGUGCAGCUGCUCUCCGAGGGCACGAUGCGCAUUGUGCAGCUGAACCGCGAAAAGGCGCUCAAUGCCAUCGACGAGAACAUGAUUGAGCUGAUACACGACGCGUUCGACGAGAUCGAGCCGUCGCCCAACGCGGCGACGGUCCUGUUCCGCGGCAAGGGCCGCUCGAUGUGUGCGGGCGGCGAUAUCCGCUCGAUCGUCGAGGCGGCGGCCAAGUCCGAUCCGAAGGAGCGCAUCGCGUCCGCGCGCUUCUUCCAGGGCGAGAUCAUGCAGAACUACCGCGUGCACACGAUGCGCAAGGACACCACCAAGCUGGGGCACCCCAAGACCUACAUCGGCCUGUGGGACGGUAUCGUCAUGGGCGGUGGCGUCGGUAUGACCGUGCACGGCCCCGUGCGCAUCGCGACGGACCGCACGCUGUGGGCCAUGCCCGAGACGGCCAUCGGCUACUUCCCCGACGUCGGCCUGCUCUACACGUUCUCGCGCCUCGACGGCGCGGUCGGCACGUACCUCGCCCUCACGGGCCAGCGGCUCGGCGGCGCCGACACUUACCUGACGGGCCUCGCGACGCACUAUGUGCGCUCGAGCUCCGUGGAGGAGAUGCUGCGCCGCAUCAGCUCGAUGCCGAUGGCGUCCGCCGUGCACGAGGAGGCCGUCCUCGAGGCCAUCGAGGAGUACGCGUCGGAUCCCUUCGAGGACGACCCGAGCCUGCUGCGCACCUCCGCGUUCCUGGGCGACCGCCGCAUCGCGAUGGACGUGGCGUUCAGCCGCCCGACCGUCGAGCAGAUCAUGGUCGCGCUCGACGACCUCGCGCAGCGCCACACGGAUGCGCCUGUCGCGCAGGAGCUGCAGGCGCGCGGCGCGGCGCUCACCGACGAGAUCGCACAGUGGGCCGCCGACACGGCCAGCACCCUGCGUGAGCGCUCGCCCCGCGCGCUCAAAGUCACGCUCCGCGGCCUGCAGCGCGCGCGCGACCAGACGCUCACGGAGAACAUGCACAUGACCAUACAGCUUUCGACGUCGUUCUGCGACUUGUCGAUCGGCCGCGACUUUUACACGGGCGUCAACUUUGUGCUGGGCAAGGACCCCAAGACCGGCAAGCGCCGCACAGGCACGCCGCCGUGGGACCCGGCGCGCCUCGAGGACGUGACGGACGAGUACCUCGACACGUUCUUCUUCGGCGACUACCGCAAGGCGCGCGAGGCGGGCCUGCAGCUCGAGCUCCUCAAGCUCGAGAACGUGCCACACACCGGCAAGAGCCGCGAGGCACGGAGGGCGCGCGAUGCCGAGGUGCGCGGCGUGGGGCCGCUCCGCUGGCACCCGCAGCACAACCCCCAUGCGCUCCCAAGCGAGGCGGAGCUCGCGGCCCUGUACGAGGGCAGCCACCCCGCCUCCGGCAGCUACGUGCUCGAGCCGGACGAGCUGCUCGACGUGAUUUCCCGCCACAAGCACCACAAGCCGGGCGUGCGCGUCAAGGUCCAGGACUGGCUCGACCGCCGCGCCCGCGCGGCUCCAUAG